ACGGUGACCCAGGCCAUGACCUUGAACCCAGUGAGAUUCUAGCUGGUUGUCGCCGACUCCGACACUUCAUGGUUCAUUGAUCCAUGAUUAUUGAGACUUGCUGGAAGCUGGAGUUAGGCCCGAGACUGUCACUGUGUCAGGCCGGCGCUACUUGUCCUGUUUAUCUGGCGCUUAUGCAAUCGUAAUAGCUCUCGCGAGGACUGCGAUGUACAACAGCAACCUGAGUACAACUUUGUGGGCACAGACAAGCUAUAGUAUCUCCAAUUUCUCCCUUGCGACUCGUCCAGAGAAAUGUCCUCCAUGCUUUAACUGUAUGCUUCCCGCCUUUACCUGUGGUCAGUACGGAGACUGUGAUCCCUACGAUGGGCAAUGUAAAUGUCCGUCUGGUUGGAGUGGAAUUGAUUGCUUGACGCCGCAAUGUGGCUCGCUCGCUGAUGACCAAAGAAUUCCGAGGGAAGACGGGCAGAAGUGUGAUUGCAAAGAUGGAUGGGGAGGUAUCAACUGCAAUGUCUGCAAGACCGACCAAGCGUGCAGAGGAUUUCCAUUAUUUGGCAUACCAGACUCAGAGCAGGAUGGUUCGGAAGCGCAGAACAUGACUUGCUAUACAGGAGGAGAGACCGUCUUUCAGAAUCAUCAAAUGUGUGAUGUAACCAACCGCAAAAUCCUGGACCAAGUUGGCGACAACCGUCCAGUCCAAGUUACAUUCAGCUGUGACAAAAAUGAGGCUACAUGUUCCUUCCAAUUCUGGGUAGACGAAAUUGAGUCAUUUUACUGCGGCUUGGACGAAUGCUCAUCGGAAAUUACACCCGGAUACGAUUUCAAUACUACCUCCUACAAAUGCGACAAACUCCAAUGCAAAUGUGUACCAGGGAGGUUUAUUUGUGGUCAAGAUGGCUCUGUUGAUAUCAGCGACUUUCUCACUGAAGAAAUCAAGGGUCCCGCGUCGUUUUCGUGUACAUCUGGUGGAGAUAUUGGCUCUGGACCCAGUUUUGGAGGAGAUACAUCCAAUAACUGCAAAUUCUCCGAAGCAGCGAUGAACCAGCUCAUCAACGACGUCUUCGGUGACCCAUACAUCACGUUAACUUGUGACGGUGGCGAAUGUUUACACUACUCUCAAGUACCCGGAUACGUUCGUCCUCCGAAACCCGACAACACUAGAUGGGUCGCUCUGAACGCUCUCGGUGCAUGUCUUUUUGUAGUCUUAGUCGCGCUGCUGUUAUGGUAUGUCGGGCGAACCGGAUCUGGUGGGGACUAUGGCUUCCUAAAGAAGGGCUCUGGGGGUGGAAUUAGACUACCAGAAUCCGAAGAAGACUCCGAGAACGAAUCCGCCAAGCUUAUGGCGGAACACGUUCCUGCGUCGAUGCAUUUCGAUGACCUCUCUUAUGUACUCAACUCCAAGACUAUCCUCUCUGGCAUCUCGGGAGCUGUCAAACCUGGACAAGUCAUGGCUAUCAUGGGUGCCUCCGGCGCUGGGAAAUCUACCUUAUUAGACAUCCUCGCACGGAAGAGCAAACGCGGGACAGUUGGCGGAGAGAUCCUUAUCAAUGGGAGAAUUGUUGGUGAUGCGGAGUUCCGCGCAGUUACUGGUUAUGUCGAUCAAGAAGAUACGCUUAUGAGCACGUUAACGGUGUACGAGACGGUGUUGUACAGUGCUCUUCUGCGAUUACCAAGAGAAAUGAGCGAGGAUGCGAAGAAGUUUAGGACUUUGGAGACAUUAAAUGAGCUAGGGAUUUUAGGUAUCAAAGACAUGCGUAUAGGGUCCUCUGGACACCGUUCAAUAUCAGGAGGCGAAAAACGUCGAGUGUCCAUCGCCUGCGAACUUGUCACUUCUCCGUCUAUCCUAUUCCUCGAUGAACCAACAAGUGGACUCGACGCGUUCAAUGCAUUCAACGUCAUUGAUUCUCUCGUUUCAUUGGCGAGGAAUUAUCAUAGGACCGUGAUUUUCACGAUACAUCAGCCGAGGUCGAAUAUCGUUGCGUUGUUUGAUCAAUUGGUAGUACUGGCGAUGGGGAGAGUGGUUUAUUCUGGAGGCGUCGGGAGGUGUGGGGACUAUUUCGAUAGUAUCGGAAGGCCAUGUCCGGCUGGGUUUAACAUUGCAGAUUAUCUGAUUGACCUUACCGUUCAAUCCAACGUUGAAUCUAGAUCUACCAGUCCAACACUUGAGAACUCUUCAUCCGAAGAGGAGGAUAUCUCCAAUGAACCUAACGGAGAACAAAAUGUGCUCUUAGGAACAAAUACUUCAAGGGAUGAUAGUACCGAGCUUCAACUGCAAACACGCGCCCACCCUCGACCAAGCUCUGUCAUUUCCAAUUCAUCUGUAUCCGGAGCUUACAACAGUAUCAAACGCAAAACAUCACAACUUUUCGAGGUCGUCUCUUAUGGAAACGCAUCGUCUUCAAGUAGUCAAAGCCAACCCCACAACCAUCACGGUCAAAUGGCAGCGAAAUUGAGAUAUCUGGUUGAAGAAUACAAGAAGAGCGAUGUUGCGAAAGAGAUCAAGGAGGAUAGGGAGAGUGUGAGGAGUAGCGCGGAGAAUUCGAAUGGGGAUAAUGCCAAUAGCGCAUCUAACGCGUACGAGGCCCACUUAUCCCAGCUCCCUGAUGUCGCAACAGAGACGACCCUCUUGAGGGGACGAAAGAGGGCUAGCUGGGGAACACAGUUUAGGAUAUUGAGUGGAAGGGCGUUCAAGAAUCUGUAUAGAGAUCCGGCGCUGUUGAUGGCGCAUUAUCUAUCGGCGGUGGUGUUGGCAUUAUUCUGCGGGGUAUUCUACCAUAACAUUACUAAUGACAUCGCAGGCUUCCAAAACCGACUAGGUUUCUUCUUCUUUACGCUAGCUCUAUUCGGAUUCUCCUGUUUAUCAAGUCUUGGGCUUUUUGCCAAUGAACGGAUAUUGUUUAUGCGGGAACGAUCGAAUGGGUAUUAUUCGUCGUUUACGUACUUUUCGUCCAAGAUCCUAUUCGAUAUCCUCCCUCUCCGACUCGUUCCCCCACUUAUGUUCGGUGGAAUCGUCUACGGCUUAAUCGGCCUCGUCCCAACUGUCGGAACAUUCUGGAAAUUCAUCCUCGCGUUGGUUCUGUUCAAUCUCACUACCGCAAGUGUCGUACUAUGGCUUUCGAUCGCAUUCGAGAGUGUUAGUGUGGCAAGUUUGGUGGGGACGUUGAUCAUGUUGUAUAAUUUGCUCUUCACUGGUCUGCUAAUCAAUCGAGAGACGGUGACCAAGGCAUUACAGUUUCUGCAUACAAUAUCGUUCUUCCAUGCUGCAUUUGAGGCGCUUGCUGUUAAUGAAUUGAGGUAUCUAUCUCUGAAGGAACACAAGUAUGGUGUCGAGCUGGACGUCCCCGCGGCAACUAUCCUUUCUACGUUUGGCUUGAGAGCUCAGUCAUUUUGGUGGCCCAACAUCGCAUUACUAGGAAUCUUCUUCGGAGUGUUCACCGUUGGAAGCUUUUUGACUUUGCACUUUUUCGUAAAAGAGAAGCGGUAGAAAAGAGUUGUUUAUUUCUCUUGAAUCGCAUGGAUCGAAGGAGGGGAGUAGAUAGGCACGUUUUGAGAAGAUGAGAAUACUAUUCACGAGUCAAUUUUGUAGAAUAACUGUGUUAGCCUACCCAGUCUCAGAUAUCGACAUCCAUACUGUAUACAUAAUGUAUUUCGUCUACAUUCAUUGGGGCACUUCUGUAUGAGUUCUGUAGA